GAGAGAGAGAGAGAGAGAGAGAGAGAGAGAGAGAGAGAAAAGGAAGAGGGGAGGUAGAGCUAGGACACUAUGCACUGAGCCACUGACACGUAAUAGACAGGAAAGAGAGAGAGACACAGAGAGAGAGAGUGAGACGCACAGAGAGAGAGAGAGAGAGAGAGAGAGAGAGAGAGAGAGAGACACACACAGAGAGAGGGAGAGGGAAGGAAGGAACGAGGUAUGGAAAAAAAAAGCUUGCUAGAACCUGUAUGGAAAAUGUUCAGUUCUGUUGAAAACGGCUGCACCGAGAUGGGUGAAGGUGACUACAAGGUGAGGGUGGCCACAGGGACCUCCGAGUACUCGGGCACCAACAACUACAUCUACCUGACCCUGGUGGGCGAGAGAGGGGAGAGUGAGCGGACCCUGCUGGACAACCCAGGACUGGAUUUCUGCAGGGGAGCCGUGAGUGUGUGUGGAUGAGUACCAGGUGACCUGCUCCGCCCCCCUGGGCCGGCUGCUGCUGGUGCGCCUGGAGAAGCAGCGCUACUGGGUGGAGGACAACUGGUUCUGCCGCUACGUGACGGUGGAGCCACCGGGGGGCGGCGGAGAGCUGAGCUUCCCCUGCUACCGCUGGCUCAUCGGGGACGUGAAGGUGGAGAUGAGGGAAGGGACGGCAAGGAGAGAGAGCGAAGACUCUCUACCUCAGCUCCUGGCUCACAGGAAAGCAGAGCUGCAGGAGAGACAGAAGACUUACAGGUGGGUAGCGUGGGCUCCUGGAAUCCCCAAGUGUAUCGAUGCCAAGACGGAAUCAGAGCUGCAUCAGGACGUCCGCUUUGACAACGAGAAACGCAGCGACUUCGAGGGCUCGUUACAGUAUGCUCUUCUGGAACUGUCUCUGAAAAAGCUGGCCAUCAGAUUCGGGAAGUCCUGGGACGACUUGGACGACUUCAAGCGCAUCUUCUGGAAAUUGCGGAGCCCCAUCGCAGAGUACUGCAUGGAGCACUGGAAGGAGGACUGGUUCUUCGGGUACCAGUGCAUGAACGGCUCCAACCCUCGGAUGAUCCGCAGGGUCAGGGAGCUGCCGAAGAACUUGCCCGUCUCGGGAGACAUGGUGCAGGGCUCGAUGGCCCCGCGCACCUCCCUGGAGAAGGAGCUCACGGCAGGGAACAUCUACCUGCUGGACUACAGCAUCAUGGAGGGGGUACCCACCAACGUGAUCAGAGGGCAGCGUCAGCACAUCGCUGCCCCGCUGUGUCUGCUGUACCAGCACCCGGACCAGGGCCUCAUCCCUAUCGCUAUACAGCUGGGCCAGACCCCAGGGCUGGACACGCCCGUGUUCCUGGCCCGGGACCCCCCGCUGGCCUGGCUGCUGGCCAAGAUGUGGGUCCGCCACGCUGAGUUCCAGGUGUUCCAGCUGCUGUCGCACCUGCUGCGGACUCACCUGGUGGUGGAGGUGUUCUGUGUGGCUACGCUCAGACAGUUGCCUGCUGUGCACCCCAUCUACAAGCUCCUGGCCCCCCACCAGCGCUACACUCUGGAGAUCAACUGCAGGGGGCGCACUCAGCUCAUCUCUGCUGACGGCAUCUUCAAACGGGUGGUGUCUACAGGAGGAGAGGGUCUGCUGGUGCUGGCCCAGAGAGAGUACCAGGUCCUGACCUACGAGUCCCUGCAGCCCCGCAGAGACUUCCUGGAGCGCGGGGUGACCCAGCUCAGAGACUACCACUACAGAGAGCACAGCAUGCUGCUCUGGGACGCCAUCCACAGUUUUGUGGAAGAGAUGGUGCGUGUGUACUACCAGACGGACAGUGACGUGCUCCAGGACUCUGAGCUGCAGAACUGGAUCCAAGAAGUCGUCCAGGAAGGCUUUGGGGAAAUCCCCACGUUCGGUCUGCCUGGCGUGCUGCAGACCAGAGAGGAGCUGGUCACCUUGCUGUCUGUGGUCAUCUUCACCAGCACAACCCAGCACGCUGCCACUAACAACGGACAGUUCGACUGGUGUGCUUGGGUGCCCAACACCCCCUGCACCAUGAGGCAGCCCGCCCCCACCGACAAGGACGCCGUUACCAUGGCGCUGAUCAUGGACACCCUGCCCGACAUCAGCCAAUCGUGUGUGGAGAUGGCCAUCACAUGGCACCUUGGCCGAGCACAACCAGACGCGGUUCCUCUGGGCCAAUACACUGAGGAGUAUUUCACGGAGGGGCGGGCCCGGGAGGUGAUUGACAAGUUCAGACAGGAACUUAAAGACAUAGAGAAGCACAUCCUGAGCCAGAACGAGGGGGCGGAGCUACCGUACCUCUUCUUGCUGCCCAGCCGCAUAGAGAACAGCAUCACCAUCUAGAGACGCAAUGCUUGUGGACAAAACGGGGACAAAUACACAGACAAAUAUAUAUAUAAGCCUAUUAAACGGGGACAAAUACACUGUGAUGUGAUACUGAUCUAUUUAUUUUAUACAAGUUAUUAUGACUGUACUGCAAAUGCACUUUUUGCAUUGUUUUCCCAGCUGUAUGAGUAGUAAAAAUCAAGCCAUUUUCUUUAAAAAAAAACUUUUAUUUCGGAAGAGUAUCAAUGCUGGUUAUGUUUAAUUAAAAUGUUUGUUUUCAAAAUCC